CGUGCAAGUUAAAAAACACGUUUACUUCAGUUCCUGCGCUGCUCUUGCGUUUGGAAGAACAAAACAGUGUUCAACUAUCUCACACUUUUCUCCUCCUACGUUGCAAUCCCUCUCAUUUCAUGGCUCGCAAGCCUUUCAAAUUCAAUGAGGAUGUUCUCGAGCAACUUAGAAAUGGGACUGCGAAAUUCGAGGUUGUUUCUUCCCCGGUUCCUUCAGUUGCUGCUCCUCCUAACCGGAACACGAGCUUGUUUGGGAUUGGGAAUAGUAGCACUGUCUUAUUCGCCAGAAUUGGCUCAUCCUUUGGUGGACACUCUCCAGCAAUGAAGAAACUUGAGCAUUUUUCAGUUCAGAAGGUUACAGGGGAUGGACGGUGUCUGUUUCGUGCACUGGUCAAAGGAAUGGCUUACAAUAAGGGAACCACUCUCAAUCAACGCGAGGAGAGAGAAAAUGCAGAUGAAUUAAGAAUGGCUGUGAAAGAAGCUAUAUGUGAAAAUGAAGGUGAACGUAAAUUAUACGAAGAAGCCCUCAUUGCCAUCACAGUUGACGAGCCUAUAAAACGUUACUGCCAGCGGAUUGUGCGACCUGAUUUCUGGGGAGGAGAAUCAGAGCUAUUGGUACUGUCAAAGUUAUGUAAGCAGCCAAUCAUUGUGUACAUACCAGAGCAUGAGCAUAGAAGUGGUGGUUUUGGAUCUGGUUUCAUUCCCAUUGCAGAGUAUGGAAGUGACUUUAGAAAGGGUUCUAGCAGAAAAGCUGUGAGGCUAUUAUACAGCGGUAAGAACCAUUAUGAUCUUCUAGUAUGAGGAAACAUAUGAACGAAGGAGAAGCAAGAAAAUGAGUGGGAGAUUCAAAUGUCAUUUUGUAACAAUUGUGUUAUGCUAGAAUCCACAUAUUUUGUUUAUUUUCUUUUUGUUUUACCCUUUUUUGUUAGAGUCCACCGUGAAUCCCUUGUUUUGGUAUUUUUCUUAAAAGUUAGCAGUAAAAUGUGUCAAAUUAAUUUGUCGGGGUAAAAUUCACCAAAAAUUAAAAAGUUAAGAUAAAAAAAUGCAAUUAAACUUAUUAUUUA